CGGUCCAUAUGCCAACCUUUUUGAAGCAUACGAGACUCGUUCUCUCAACUUAAGCAUUUAUCAACUAUCAGUUGAUUCAAUUGCUUGGGAGAAAGGACCUCGUCUAAGGAUGUAUUUGAAGCUGUUUCCUCAUGCCAACUCAACUAUGUUUAAUACAAGUGAGGUGCUGCGAAUUAGAGAAAUAUUUACAUCCUGGAGAUUUCCUGGUGAUGACCUAUUUGGACCUUAUGAGCUGCUCAACUUCACUCUCCUGGGACCUUAUGCCAGUAUAAAUCCUGAGACUCAAAGGACAGGUAUUAGUAAAGGUGAUUUGGCAGCAAUUGUAGUAGCAGCAAUUGACAGUGCUGUGGUAAUAUCUGCAGCUGUAACAUUUCUGAUGACAAGAAGACAUGCCAGAAAUCAGCGCUCCCUGUCAAGAAGGCGCAUGUCCACAAAGGUUUCAAUGAAAAUUGAUGGAGUGAAGGGCUUCAAGUUCAAAGAAUUGGCAUCGGCAACUGACAACUUUAACCGCUCAACUCAAGUUGGUCAAGGAGGUUAUGGAAAGGUUUACAAAGGCAUUUUAUCUGACAAUACAGUAGUCGCCAUAAAACGAGCAGAAGAAGGAUCUUUACAGGGCCAAAAUGAAUUCUUGACUGAGAUAAAAUUAUUGUCAAGGUUACAUCAUCGGAACCUGGUUUCUUUGUUGGGCUACUGUGAUGAAGACGAGGAGCAGAUGCUGGUGUAUGAGUUCAUGCCUAAUGGCACAUUGAGAGACUGGCUUUCGGGUAAAGAUAAAGCACUCCAUAAUUUUGGUAUGAGGGUCCGCAUUGCAUUAGAUUCAGCUAAGGGGAUUCUUUACCUCCAUACUGAAGCAAACCCACCUGUGAUCCACCGAGAUAUCAAAGCCAGCAACAUACUUCUUGACUCCAAGUUUAUUGCUAAAGUUGCUGAUUUUGGACUCUCACGACUUGCUCCGGUCCUAGAUGAUGAAGGAACCAUGCCAACUCAUGUUUCCACAAUUGUCAAGGGAACACCAGGCUACCUCGAUCCAGAAUAUUUUCUAACUCACAAGUUGACAGAUAAAAGUGAUGUUUAUAGCCUCGGAGUUGUACUCCUGGAGCUCUUGACGGGUAUGCAACCAAUAUCAGAUGGAAAAAACAUAGUUCGCGAGGUGAAUGUAGCUCGUGAAUCGGGCUUGAUGCUCUCCAUCAUAGACAAUAGAAUGGGGUCUUGCCCAUCUGAAUGCAUCCAGAGGUUUUUAGCUUUGGCCCUCAAUUGUUGCCAUGACAAGACAGAACGACGGCCAUCCAUGUCAGAUGUAGUGAGGGAGCUAGAAACCAUACUGAAGAUGAUACCAGAAACUGAUGCCACAUUUUCUGAAUCCACCUCCAUGCAUUCUAGCAGCAAAUCAGCAUCCGCAUCAGCUUCUUCAUCGUUCAUGACGAGGGAUCAAUAUUUUUCAUCUUAUGGAUCAGGCAGUGACCUUUUGAGUGAUGUCAUUCCCAUAAUCCCACCUCGUUAA